UGUGGAUUGAUCAGGAUAAGGCAUAGUUGUGUUUGUAGCUUGAUCGUAUAUCUAAACAUUUUCUCUCCUUUUAACAGGACCAAAAUAUACGCAGGAAAUGACACCACAGUUACAGAAUUUCUACUUACAGGACUUUCUAUUAUUCCUGGAUUUGAGUACUUAUAUUUUAUUCUAUUUUUAAUAAUCUAUACAGUUACCAUGCUUGGAAAUGCUUCUAUAAUCCUUGCUUAUAACAUGUGUUCUACCCUGCACACUCCUAUGUAUUUUUAUCUUACUAACUUCUCCUUUAUAGAAAUAUGUUACGUUUCCAUCACUGUUCCAAAGCUUUUGUCAGACUUAUUAACAGAAAGAAAAUCAAUCUCAUUUUUUGGCUGUGCUGUGCAAAUGUAUUGUUUUUUCCUUAUUGCUGGUAUGGAAAGUUGUGUGCUUGCAGCCAUGGCGUAUGAUCGGUAUAAUGCUAUAUGUCAUCCCCUGUUGUAUAAAAUCACUGGGAACAAAAAAGUGUGUGUUCAGCUCUUGGCUGGGGCAUGGUUUAUUAGUGCAGUAAACUCUUAUAUACUCACUCAUCUUACCUUCUCUUUGUUCUUUUGUUGUAAUAUUAUCAAUCAUUUCUUUUGUGACAUUCCUCCUUUAAUGAAACUGGCAUGCAGAGUAAACCUAAUCAAUGAAUUUGCCGUCUUUGCCAUUGGUGGCUUGAAUAUCAUAGGGCCAUGUAUUGUAAUUGCUAUUUCUUAUGCUCGAGUCAUUGCCGCUAUCCUAAAUAUUCAUUCUACAUCUGGUAGGAGGAAGGCAUUCUCAACCUGUACCUCUCACUUCAUAACAGUUACCAUAUUUUAUGGGUCUGGCAUGUUUACAUAUUUAACACCGCAGUCCAGCUCCUCAAUGGAUAAUGACAGCCAGAUUGCUCUUAUGUAUACUGUAUUUGCACCACUGCUAAACCCUUUUAUAUAUACUCUGAGAAACAGUGAUGUCAGUUUAGCUUUUAGAAAGAUAAUACAACAAAUUGUGUCUACUACAAAAUUCUAG